ACUCUCUGUCUCCUAUAGAUGGCGUAUUAAUACAAAAUGGCCGAAUAUAUUGAAACAUUUUGAUGUUUUAUUGCAAAUAUCAUUAUGGAACCAAGCAAUUUACUCUGGGAGUAUUAUUUGGAGCAGGAAAUGAAUCGCUGGCCGACAGAAGGGAAGCAUAUUUUAGCGCAAUACGAUAAUAAUUCUGUUAUUGUUUAUCAAGCCUAUAAACCGUCUAUCUCUGAUUAUGCUGUCAAAAAUCAAGUAUUCGGAGGGCCUGACUACAGUUUUAAGCGAAUGUCUUGGGUGAAGACUAACUUCUUAUGGAUGAUGUAUCGUAGCGGCUGGGCUACUAAAAGUGACCAAGAAAGGAUUUUAGCUAUAAGAAUUAGUCGGGCGGCUUUUGAGAAUAUUUUGUCAAACGCCUAUACUGGACAAAAAGAAAAGGCUAUGGAAACCAAGUCUAACAUUCGACUUCAAUGGGAUCCUGAUCAUACUCCAUCAGGUACAAAAUUGAAUAGACGAGCUAUUCAAUUGGGUUUAAAGAAUGAAGCAUUAGAACAAUUUGCAAAAAAUGAUAUUAUUUCUAUAACUGAUAUUACAAUGGAAGUUAGAAGGCAGCAUCAGCUAUGGCAGACGGGAGGCCUAGAGAGUCUUCAAACACCAAUUGAAAGAGUUUAUCCUGUACCUGAGCACAUUAAACAGCAAAUUGAUAUGAACAACGAUUAA